AUGGCGUUCUCAUGCCUAGGUAAAGCCGGUAAGCACGAAGAGGAGGUGACCGAGGCUGGUUCUCCGGGCGCCUCUAACGUUGCGACGAAGGAGGUUAAGGAGCCGACCUGCGACUGGAAGUUGAAGACCUACUUCUGUAUCAUCGGUUGUGUUGCUCUUCUCGGUUGGAACUUCAUUCUCGGUGAACUAGGUGGUCUUAUCGAUGCUUUCGGUGAAGCAUACGGUACUUGGGUUUCUCUAUGUUACUCCUUUUUUAUUAACUGCGGCCAAUUGCUGUUAGUGUACAUGGGUAAUCGAUUCAAGUUUGGACCACGUUUUUACAUUGGUUGUGGCGGUAUGGGCAUUUCCCAGAUCCUUCUGUCCAUCUGUGCUGCCACUUGGGCGCAGCAGAAUCAAACUCUUGGUUUCGUAUUUGGUUGCAUCUUUGUUGGUAUCUUCGGAUUCGCCAAUGCUCUGAUGGAAUCUUCUAUGUUCGGUUUGGCUGCUUUGGUCACUUCUGAGUGUACCGAAUGGAUUAUGAUUGGUGAAGGUAUUGCUGGUUUAUUGGCUUGGCCUGUAGACAGACUCUGCCAAGCUAUCCUGGUCGGUUGCGGUGUUACUGAUUAUAUGUAUCCUCGUAUGAUCUUCUUCUACGGUCUGGCUAUGUUGGCUAACUUCGUAUGCAUUCCUAUGUAUAUGUACGGUGUGCAGAGUCAUCCGUAUAUGCAGCCUGUUUUCAAGAUUGAGGAAGAUAGAGUCAAGUUCCAGCUGAAGAAGGAAAUGAAGAGACCUACAUCUCAGGUUAUCAAGGAUAUUCUACCAAUGGCUAUAAAUGUAUGUGCUGAUUUCACGAUUACUUUCGUAGUCUUCCCCUGGACUAUCUUCCAAAUGGUUCCAUCGGCCAUGUCAACUGACCAAUUCGGUCAACUGAUGACAUACUGUUUCCAAGUUUUCGAUACCCUGGGUAGGUUCUCCCCCAAUCUCCGUUUCCGUAUCAGCAAGAAGCUCAUUCGCUAUGUCUCAUUUGGUCGUGUGAUUUUCAUCGCGCUGUUCUUCCUCAACUUCAGCGUCGAUGUUCCUCCGUUCCACUCUGAUUGGUGGCGAUUCGUUAUUAUGGCGUUCUUCGCUUUCACUAACGGUUCUGUUGCUACUUGGUGUCGAAAACUAGCUCGGAAACGAGCUACGUAG